GCUUUCCCAUUUCCUGCCGGGCCGGCUCCUUUAAGAGGGCAGAGCCGAUGCCGGGAACUCGCGUCACUUUUUCAGCCUAGGAAACUCUCCAGGUCGGUGAGCGGAGGAGCCGCCGCCGCCUCGAGCUCUCUCUCUUUCCCUCUCCCGCCUGGGCAUCGUUGCGCGGCGGGCCCGGGCCGAGCGGGGAAGGCUGGCGGAGGAAGCCCCCCCCCUGCCCCGCGCUCCGAGCCAUGCGAGGGCCCCCUCCGGGCUGGCUGGGGCGCGCGCGGGCGGCUCGCCGGUGAUCGGAGGCGCCGCGCCGUGAGACACACAUAUCCAAAGAGAGCGAGAGAGCGCCUUCGCCCGGCCGGCCGAGGCGCUGCUUUGCGGGGAAAGGAAGCCAAGCCAGGCAGCCGAAGCAGCGGGCGGAAAGACGCAGCCACAGUAGUCGGGAAAAGAAGGGAGGGAAAGAAAAGCAAAGAAGAAAAGAAAGCCAGGCGGGCCGUGCGCGGCCAACUUCCUGCGUUUGGGGUUUCUCUCUCGCCUUUCUCUCUCGGUGGAGACAUGUCGGAAGGUCCCGAUCUGGUCUGCAUCAAGCAGGAAAGGAUUUCGUAUACCCCGCCUGUGAGCCCAGUAGACGAUUAUCCUUCCUCGUCACCUCUCCAUGUCCCACUGCAUCGAACCAUCAGGAUGGAGGACGAGACCCUCAGGCUUCCAGCCCAUUUGCGUUUGCAACCCAUCUACUGGAGCAGAGACGAUGUGGGUCAAUGGCUAAAGUGGGCGGAGAAGGAGUUCUCCCUUAGAACCAUUGACAGCAAUACCUUUGAGAUGAAUGGCAAAGCUCUUUUGCUACUAACCAAAGAGGACUUCCGAUACAGAUCUCCACAUUCUGGUGAUGUUUUAUAUGAGCUCCUUCAGCACAUCUUGAAGCAAAGAAAUUCUCAUAUGUUGUUUUCUCCCUUCUUCCACCCUGGGAAUUCUGUUCACGCUCCUCCGCCAGAUGCCAUGCUGCACCAGAAUCACGAUGAAGACAACUUUAUCUCAAGAGCUACGAGACAGUCAACGGACUCGAUGCAUCAUAAUCCACCUACCAUUGAACUCUUACACCGCUCCAGAUCCCCCCUCACCGCCAAUCACAGGCCUUCCCCAGAGUCUGAACAGCGGACCUUGAAGUCCCCCCUGGAGAACACUAUUCGUCGCCUCUCGCCAGCUGAGCGGCUCUUGGGCACGCGACACCAAGAGAACAACCAUCAGGAGUCUUAUCCUCUCUCGGUAUCUCCGGCUGAAAGCAACCAUUGUCCGACACCGUCGGAAGUUGCUCAGAAGCCUUCCAGCCCUCGCCAGGAAAAUACCAGGGUCAUCCAGUUGAUGCCUAGUCCGAUAAUGCACCCCUUGAUACUGAACCCCCGACACUCAGUUGACUUCAAAGCUUCGAGGUUGUCUGAAGAUGGGCUGCACAGAGAGGUGAAGCCCAUCAACUUGUCCCACCGCGAAGAGUUGGCGUUCAUGAACCACAUCAUGGUGUCCGUCUCGCCCCCUGAAGAGCACGCAAUGCCAAUUGGGAGAAUCGCAGACUGCAGACUCCUUUGGGAUUACGUCUAUCAGUUGCUCUCCGACAGCCGGUACGAAAAUUUCAUCCGAUGGGAGGACAGAGAUUCCAAAAUAUUUCGGAUAGUGGACCCAAAUGGGCUGGCCCGGCUAUGGGGAAACCAUAAGAACCGAACAAACAUGACUUAUGAGAAAAUGUCCCGUGCCCUUCGCCACUACUACAAAUUAAAUAUUAUCAGAAAGGAGCCAGGACAAAGACUUUUGUUCAGGUUCAUGAAGACGCCAGAUGAAAUUAUGAGCGGCCGCACUGACCGCUUAGAACAUCUGGAAUCUCAGGAAAUGGAUGAGCAGAUCUACCAGGAAGACGAGUGCUGAGGAUUUGAUCCACUUCCUUCACCGUGAUCUAUGGAGAACCCUUCUCUGGAGAUCUAUUGGGCUGGGAAAACAGGGCUCCAGGACUUGGCAUUUAUCUUGGACUGGCAGAACCUCCAAGCACCUUAGCGAAGAAACAGAUUGGCAAAGGUGGCGUGGCAACAACAUUUGGUUGAGAGAGGAGUGCAUAGCCCUUCUCGCCUGGCUUUUAGGAACUGUCUCGCCUUGGGCUUGAAUUUUUUUUGUUUCGUUUUGUUUUCGAUUGGUCAGUUUGGGAUAUAUUAUUAUUUUUUUUUCCUAAUUAACCCGUCCAAGUAAUAUUUGGGCUUUUUAAAAUAAUUACUUUUGUAGAGCAGAACGUCAGGGAGCUGCGUAUUCUGAAUGCUUUCCUAUGGAAAUUAGCACAACGGUGGGUCAGCGCAGAUUCUCACGAGAGCCUCUGUAGAAAAAAUAAUAUUUUUUUUUUUUAAAAAAUCAAGGGUCGGAGGACAAGAGGCAUCAGAGAGAAACGACAGAGGCCAAAACUGCUUGCAGUCGGCAUCCACUGGCACAAAGAUAGAUCAAAGGAUGUGGACUGCAAUCCAUGGUUCAGAGCAUGAGAAAUACCAAAAAAAACCACCUUCUUGGUUGUCAAGGGGAAAUUUCAGUGGUGAAAUUCAUUUUUUUUUCAGUGGGCGUGGCAGGGGAAGGAUACUGCAAAGUCUCCAUUCCCCCCC